AGACCGCUUAUUCAUGAGUGUUGUCACGUUAUCCAGGAACACCUUACUUUGACGUAGUCCAGGCGGCCAGUUCUCAACCCAAUGUGGUACUGGGAACUGUAGGCUCGAAGAUGCGUCCACUGGUAAGCGAGUAGACGACGUGGGUGGUGGUACACGCGUCGGAUCGGACAUGCUUCCCAGCAUCCUCCUCAAAGCAGUAAGCAACCAAGGCCUCUAUACAUGAGAUGGAGGCCUCCAGCAUUGCGCUAAAAAUUUCUUGGCUGUCUAUUUAUCCUGCCUUUCGUGACAUGGCCAGGCCCUGCAAGGACAACCCAACGCCGCGUGACAGUCAUCUCCCUUCUACCCCGCCACGUGCACACCACAGCAACCCGCGCGACUUCCACAGCGCAUCCGCACUAUGCGCAUCCAUAAUGGCCGCCCAAAGCUCCUUCCCUGCGAUGAUGAUGAUGAAAUCUUUUCAACAACUACAUCCCCUCUUGAUCGAGCCUGGCCAAACUUACAUUGAAUCAAAGACAACCCCUACUUUUCUGGAUCUCCACGUGAGCACUCAAUCCAAGGAUGCUAGGAACUCACCUCACCACUCUUCCGUGAACCGACCAUCAUAUCUCUUUUCCCCCUUACAUCAAUUUGCCCACUUUACAUCCGAGAAACCGAGAUCUAUCACCUCGAGACCACACCGUUAUGCUUUCGAUACCACCCUUUUACAAACACCCUCCUUGAUCACAUUGUAGCCGACCGGCUUAAAGACGUACAUCUACUACUACUACUACUACUACUGCUAUUACUACUACUACAAUACUAUGCGUACUAGCGCUGGACAGGACAACUCCUCACAAAAGCCCAUCUUCCACUCAAAACAUGCGAGGCGUCACACGACAACGGGAAUCCCGCCAGCCUUGUCCUCUAUUGGAUGAUCGAGCGUGCAAUAUUGAUGCAGCGAUGUGACGGAGUAAUCUCAGCGGUUGUUUUUUGGACCCGUCCUAGCUCAGGCCAGAAUGCCAGUGGUCCUUGCGCUGCCCCUCUAUUGGGUCCCCUCCAUGCCAAACCAAGCCGGUAGAGAGUGUCUUAGUUAGCGUUUGAGCUGAGGCAGUACAACGUUAUAACUACAGCGAUUAGACGAGACACCUCUCUCUCUUCAUCUUCUCACGUCCCCAAUUCAAUGAUAGGAUUCGCACCGGUCCAGUCUGCAGGAGGAUCCGAGCCUUCAAUUACACCAUACUGGGGGCACUCUGCCAGUUGCAUGUGGCAGACCCUUCCAGCUGGGUCUUUUGUACGACGUGCGGUUGUAGCGCCGUAUUCCUAACGCUCGCCAGCCUUUAGCAUCAGUGGUCUAUAAUGCUCGUUGGGAUUCUUAAUUUCAGUCAG